CGUUUUCUAAUAAAGAAAAAGAUCUGCGGAUCUGUCCGACUUCACGUUUCCAGUCUAUUACGUGAACAGACAGAAUAAGAGCAUGCCCGCUAGAACAGAGCUUGUGUAACUUUGCAACGGUGCCAGAAACUUUAAAAAUCCCACCUCUCCUCCUCCCUUCACUCCAGACACCAGCGAGCAAGAGGAAGAUGUGAGCGCGCUUGUUCAUCUGCAUUUUUUUUUUUACAAGACUUUUUUUUUUUUUUUUUUUUUUAAACUUCAAAAUUCCCUGAAUAGCUCGGAUGCAGUUUUCUACAAAAAAUAAUAUUUUAAGAAAUGCAGUAUAUUUAUAUAUAUUUAUUUUAAAUAAAAAAUAAUUAUUUUAACAGAGGAUAUAAAAGCUAGUUUUAUAUUUUCUAUUAGGCAAGUUUCCUCACUUAAACUUUUUUGACUCGAAAAUGAAGACACUCUUUUUAAACGCGAUAAUUUAUAGAUGCAUCCUCUUUUGUUAUUUGACUUGUCUUUUACAAGUUGUUUAUUGCCAACAACAGCAGCUCCACACCAAUCGAGGAAAUGCCCCUUCGACAGGAGGUUUUAGGCAGAAAAUUCAGUGGCAGAGUAACGGUAGGGUUUUCAGUUUGCUGAGCCACGGAUCCGAAUACCAGCCAGCGAGAAGAAGAGAACCCAACGCCAAGCUUCCACCUCCAAACCCUAUUAUCAUAAUAAGUAACCCGAACCACACAGCAGGGACCGAGCACUCGAGAACCUCAAACAGUGCACGCAGGCAAAAUCAUUCUGGCACAAGGCCAGGGGCAGCAUACUGGUUCCAGGCUGGUUUCAAUGGUACUGGAAAGGGCAAUGGUACUGAAGAGACGAACCCCCCACCACUAAGCAAUCUAAGGCCAGAGGAUAGAAUGGUUGGGGAUGAUCCUUACAACCCUUACAAAUCUUCAGAUGACAAUCCUAACUAUAAUUACUACGAUACAUAUGAAAGACCCCGACCAAGGCAAAGACCAGGGUAUGGGACAAGGUAUCACCAGUAUGGUCUCCCAGAUUUGGUGCCAGACCCCUACUAUAUACAAGCCUCUACAUAUAUACAGAAAAUGUCAAUGUACAACCUGAGAUGUGCGGCAGAGGAAAACUGCCUUUCAAGUUCAGCUUACUCCGUAAGAGAUUAUGAUACGCGUGUGCUGUUGAGGUUUCCCCAGAGAGUGAAGAACCAAGGAACAGCAGACUUCAUGCCAAGCAGACCACGCUAUGCAUGGGAAUGGCACAGCUGUCACCAACAUUACCACAGUAUGGAUGAAUUCAGCCACUAUGACUUCCUGGAGGCCAAUUCACAGAGAAGAGUAGCUGAAGGACAUAAAGCAAGUUUUUGCCUUGAAGACAGCUCAUGUGACUAUGGCUACCGUAGACGCUAUGCUUGCACAUCUCAUACACAGGGUUUGAGUCCAGGAUGUUAUGACACCUAUAAUGCUGACAUUGACUGCCAGUGGAUUGAUAUCACAGAUGUAAAGCCUGGCAACUAUGUACUUAAGGUUAGCGUGAAUCCCAGCUACCAGGUACCAGAAUCUGAUUAUUCAAAUAAUGUUGUACGAUGUGACAUUCGCUACACAGGUCAUUAUGCAUAUACAUCAGGCUGCAGACUUUCAGCGUACUAAUUUAUACAGAUGUGGAUCUGUGCCAACAAGUGAAAUGAAAAUCUAAACUGCCUGAUAUUUCCAGAAUGCCAGGAUAUAUACAUUUUUUUAAUUGCACAAGGACUGCUUUUUGUAACAAAACACUAUAACUGGAUUUUAAGCUACUGCAGUAAAAUGAGUAUUUGUAGUUCAAAGAGCCUGGAUUUUAGAUAUUGUAGAGUUGGGUGGUAUUAGCUCACACAUAAAAAAAAAACAAAAAAAACCAAACAAACAAACAAAAAAAACAACGAACAAUUUCUCUGGACAUAAACAACAUUUAGAAGACAAUACAGCAUUGGGAUAUUUGCAAAAGACAAUGUUAUUUUUUAUUUUUACAUGUCAAAGCAUUCAUUGUAAAAUGUAAGUCUAUAAAUAACCAAAGCUGACCAAAGUGUACUCACAUUUUAAAUUGACUGUAGCAUUUUCAGUUAUACAGCAUUGGCUCAAUUAAGAGUACAUACUUGACAUGCACAGAAUGACGAUGGUUAUUUAAAACCUACAAUUUGUGCAGUUUAAAUGGGGUCAGAACACCACUUUAACAGACAUAAGACCACUUUCAUACGGCCUUUACUGAGGAUUCUUUUUUUUUUUUUUUUUUUUUAAAAACAAACUGCCUGUAUCAGCAACAUAUUUAUGUGACUAUUCACUCAAUAUACAAAUGUAAUGUGAGGUCAUUUAUAUGGGACCACACACUAGGGUUUCAUAUCCUCAUGCAAAAUACCAAAAAUGUUUUUUGGACAAGUUCCAGGCAGUAAACUAUGUAGUCCACGUAUGCAGGAAUAUGCAGUGGCUACGUCCAGUCUUGCAAUAAACGUUCUUUUAAAGUGUCUUACUGUUAAAUAAAAACAAAUGCUAAUUAUUAGCCUACUUGGAACUUGAUUUCAAUUUUCUUUGUAACUAGUGUGCAGGUAAAAGUUAAAUGCCACUAAAUGUUGCAGCUUUGUAGAUAAAAUACUUAUUUCCUUGUUUUUGUAGCAUUUAAAAAUAAUAUUGUACAUUUAUCACCUGGGUGCUAUAUAACUCCUGUAUGACAUUUACAAAUAGUAGCUUUGUAUUCUUAUUGCCCUUUCAUAUUCUUACUUUACAUUCCUGUAUCUUUAAUGAAAAAUGAACUUGAAUAAAUAGUGAAGUGUUCAAUGUACCUUCGCUCUUUCUACAAA